GGAAGUGUUUAAUCGGGCUCCAAAUAUUGUAUUGCUAUUGCAACCGUGUGAGGAAGUGUAGAAACUUAAUUUGUGUGUGGUUUCGGACACUAUACAGCGAUUGCAGCCACAGUUAGUUUUCUCAGCUUGCUUUUGCGGCGUGUGGACUGUGCUAGUGCGGUGCAAAGAUUGCGUCGACAGCACCAACUAUUGUUGUGAUGAAGAAUCAACGUUAAAUCUCCCGCUUUUGAACUUCCGUUUGGAAAUCAAACCAUAUUUUCAGGAUUUUAAAUUCACUCGUGAUCGGGAUUUUCCCGCAUCACCCCCCGACGACGAGGCCCUUCCAUUUGGCAUUGGAAUGAUUGACAUACUGAGGCUCUCUGAUUCCAUAUAAAAACGCAAGCAUAUCCAGCAGAAGUGAAAACAACGUCAACCACCACACACAUUACAACUGGUACCGUCAGCGUUCUUUGAGGCACGGCCAAAAUUAAACGAUACGGAAAAAGAAGGACCAUCCAAUUUGACACUUCGCAUCGGAAAGGGUCGCAAUUUACCGCUCGUUUUUUUUAUUUCACGCCCGACAAAUCCGUCAAGUGGCGCACCAUGGUAACUAGCGACGAUAGCACCGUACAAACCCCGGCCGAACCAAAGACGGGUCAGCAGCAACAACCCACCGGCACGAUGGACACGACGGCAACCGAACCACCGAGCCGGAAGCUGGGUGGAUUUGAGUUCUACGAGAAAAUUUUGCGCUCGCCCCGCUACGUCGUCGCCCCGAUGGUGGACGCGAGUGAGCUGGCCUGGCGUCUGUUGAGCCGCCGGCACGGGGCCCAGCUCUGCUACUCCCCAAUGUUCCACAGCAGCUGCUUCUCGAAGGACCCGAAGUAUCGGAAAGAUUCGCUGCAAACGUGUCCGGAAGAUCGACCGCUUAUUAUUCAGUUCUGCGGCAACGAUCCGAAGAUUAUGCUCGAGGCGGCCCUACUCGCACAGGAUCACUGCGACGCGAUCGAUAUCAACCUCGGUUGCCCGCAGGCCAUCGCCAAGCGGGGCCACUACGGGGCCUUCCUCCAGGACGAAUGGGAGCUGCUGCGCGAAAUAGUAAGCACCCUCCAUCGCAAUCUGGCCAUACCGGUCACGUGCAAGAUACGUAUCUUCGAGGAUAUGUCUAAAACGAUUCGAUACGCCCGAAUGCUGCAGGACGCCGGAGCCCAACUGCUGACCGUGCACGGUCGAACGCGCGAGCAAAAGGGUCCGCUGACGGGGAUGGCCGACUGGAAGUACGUGAGCGUUUUGCGGCAGGAGCUAAGCGUACCGAUCUUCUCCAACGGUAACAUCAUGUCCGUGCACGACGUGGAACGGUGCAUCGCGGAGACGGGGGUGAACGGAGUGAUGACCGCCGAGGGUAACCUGCACAAUCCGGCCCUGUUCGAGGGCGUAAACCCGACCGCCUGGAGCAUGGCACACGAGUAUCUGGAUUUGGUCGAACAGUACCCGGCCCCGAUUUCCUACAUUCGGGGACAUUUGUUCAAAAUUUUCCAUCACCUGUUACACCUGAAAUCAAACACCGCGUUGCGGGAGCAGCUCGCUAUUUGCCAUUCAGUGCCCGAAUUCCGCUCGGUCGCAUCGCAGCUGGAAGAAAAAUACCUGCCCUUCCACGAGGGCAAGAAAGUCUGGACGGGAGACGAACCCGAAAACGAGGAGGAUAAAGCUGUCGCCGAUGACCCCGGUACGGACCAGAAUCUACACCUGCCGCCAUGGCUCUGUCAGCCGUACAUGCGCGCCCCACCGGAAGUGCACCGGCAGAAGCUGGCCGAAGCGCGCCGCCUGGCGGAAGAUCCUACUCGCGAAAAGCGCCAAUUUUUCGACGCCCACGGCAACGAGAUAUCGCGCAAGCGUAUGAAAAAGAUGCGCCGCGUGCAGCGUCGACCAAAGAACAAGAACCGUGCACUCAGAAACGCCGCUCGAAAUGCUGCUGGGAACAACGGGGACGAUGGAAAGACGAUUGCCGACGGCGACGAAGAGGAGGAGGGCGAAGACGACGUUUCGUCCUCGAUUGACGAAGGGGCGGACACGGUUAUCCUGAUGCAGGCCCCUCCUAGUGUGGACAAAAACGCUCGGCGCCGGCGGUUCGAGGAGUUGUGCAACAAUGAAUCACCAAAAUGCACCAAUCCGAUGGGGUUAAAAUGUGACCACAGACUUUGCAAGAUGUGCUGCAGGAAAAAGUGCUACCAGGAGAACCGCGACUGUUGCGGCCACAAAAUCCGCAUCAAAUCGCGCCGUGAAAAAGCGAUCGCACUGACGUUGGCCGAAAAGCAGCAGCAGGAGGAAGGGCAAAAAUCUGCCGAACAGCAACAGAAGCUUCUUGUCGAAGGAAGUCGGAAUCUUCCGCCUGCUGGUGCUGUAACCAUGGAGACGGACCAUGCACCGGAGCCGAGAACCCCGGCUGAGGAAGGACACGAGGUGGAGAAACACAGAUGACCAGGGUGUGCAGCCGUCAACUAAAAUAUCUCCACCACCAGCAACAUUACAAAACGAUAAACAAUUAUUUUUCGGCUCCGAAAAGUGUGUGAACCCAUGUACAGUACGUUAAUGAUGGAAAAUAAACACUCAGCGUUAAAUUUCUACGAUCGACUGUUUAAAACAUCGUGAA